GUAUAGUAGCUAUAAAAAGUGACUGAGAAGGCUGCAAUUAACUGAUUAUAUACCCAAAGUAAGAUACUUAUUCUAAGUUGCCAAAGCUCGAAAAAACCAACAUGUGGUUACUUUUUGACUGAAAGACCUGUGACUUCCUGUCUCUCUCUCUGGUCUCCAGGUUAAAAAGGAUGUGGAUAUGGAGACUCCUCCUCUAAAGCUGAGGGUGAUGUACCCGUACCUAUCACCUAGUGAGAACAUCCUGCUAUACCUGACACAUGUCACCUCCUCACAGGAUGUGAGAUGUCACGUCAGGGACCUGAUUAACCCUUUAAAGAUCAACAACAACAACACGCACACCAUCAAUCCUAAAAAAGAGACCCUCAGUGUCUUUCUGGUGGGCUGUAAGGACCACCCGUGUAAGUCAUUUAUCUGCUCCAUCCCACAUGUCAACAACAGCCAGGUCAAUGUUACCUUCCGGGUAUGGAAGCCCACCUUUAUCAAAGCAGAGUUCUCCAGCCUUCAUAUGGUUGUUAAUGCCACUCUGGAGAACCUGAACACGGAUCUCUUCGUGUUGAGUGCCACCAAUUACGCCAGAGAUGUGAAGAUCCAGGUCUCUAAAGAGGCUUUGGGAGGUAUACCCCUGUGGAUCAUUAUAGUCAGUAUCCUAAUAGGACUGAUGAUUCUGGCACUGGUCAUCUUCGCUCUAUGGAAGGCUGGAUUUUUCAAAGAGAAAAUCAUAGAGGACAUGGAGGAACGGGAAAUGAAGGAUUAA